UAAGCUCACCUCACCUCGUCCGACUACUACACUUGUUUAGGCCAAUCAUUGGCACCAGAUCCCUUCAGUUUACCUCCAAGUGAAUUGUCGAGGUCUUUCGGAGAGACGCAUGGGAGAGAAUCGAUGGGGAGAGACGCUCCGGCUCAAACCGAGUCCGAGAUGCGUUCUCCAUCUCACCGGGCGACAGACUCCGAAGAUGUGACCCAGUUGAGCUCCUCAGUAGUGCAAGCGCUGCAAGAGGAGAUUGCCGCGCUUCGAGGGAUGCUGAGCAGCUCGGUCGUCCGCAUUGUGCAUCGACAGUCUUCGAUUUCAGACGUACUACCGCAGUACGAGCCCCGCCAAGAUACGUCACAAGAGAUGGAAUAAGAGGAUUCCUGUGUGGCAUUUCUUGUCCUGUCAACGGCGACAGUACGACGAGACGUGACCGGCUGUGCAAACAUCAACAGGUACUGACAGG